UUCCCCUUUCCUCCGAAACCCUCACUCAUGCAACCCCCGCGCAUCCUCUCCUUGUCCGAACUCCUCCACCUUUCCUUCCCUCUCACCGGCGCUGCCUCCCUCUCGCCGGAGCCACCUCCCUCCCUCCCUCCCCCUUCGAAGAAACCCCGCCCAUCACUUCCUUCUCCCUCCCCUUCCUCUUUUCAAACCUUCUCCCCCAUCACCCACCCCGUCCUCCUCAUUGGCACCGUCCUCUUCCCCUCCGACGUCCACCGCCACUGUUCCACCUCCAGGAACCAUUGCCUCUCCUUCUCCGAUGCCUCCUCCACCGUCUGCUGCUCCAUUCUUGAUUUCGACCUCAAUAUGCUCGGCUGCGAGAUCCAUGUCCUCGCUUGGAACUUUGUUCCUUUCAAGGAUGUUACUGGCGGCCUAUUAGAAAUCAUCCGGUGGCGCCUUUCUCCUUUGGCAGCCUGCACUUCUCAGCAGGGUCGUUCCAGUGGUCCUGUGCAGCUCCAUGGUGUGCUGAAAUCUGUCAGCCCGGUGUUCAUGGUUCCUCUGGAUUCAAAGAACCGGAAUCGGGAUCCACGGGGAUCAGUCGGGUUUCUUGCUGAGAUUUCUAUUUGCAAAUGUGAAGCUUCUUGCCCUUGUUUAUCUGUAGAUGAUCUUCAGUACAGUUCUCAUGUUCAGAAGGCAUUUCUCUAUUUUGUAAAGCCGGCUUCUUUGUGGCGGCCUGUUAUGGCUAAAUUGAUAGGGAAGGUGAUUUUGGUGUCGGGUUUGAAGAAGAAGAUGGUUGGCGUUGGUGGAGUGCGUUCUUACUUGAUGUUUGUGACCACUGACAAAACCAAUGUGUCCUUGUGUGAGGUUCCACUUAGCAUGAUGGCGAGCAGGGUUGUUAGGCCAGUGAUGAAUCAUGCAAGAGUCUAUUGCGGAGUUGUUACUGGAAUUUACAUGCAAGGGAUGGCUGUAGAGUUGGAUGAGAAAGUCUGGCUGAUGAUCACUGACCCAUUGCUUGGGCUGCAUCAUUCUCUUAGAGUUGGUGCUUUAGUCCAUGUUAUGAAUUGUCAUUUGGUCUGUCCUGAAUUUUCCUGGACAAAAAUUCUUCUGCUUGAGACAGGCAUUGCAACUAAUAUUGAUGUUGCAUGUUUUUCAUUGUCUGACACUAGGUGUUGUUUUAGAACUCUUAGUCGGAGCUUGUUGGGGACGUUCAUUGAAUCUCUGACAUUGUCUUCUAGAUUUUGGGUGUUGCUUCUCGUAUCUUGCUUCAGGAGGAAAUUUUCCAAUAUUUUAUCUGAGAAGGAGAUUUUAGGCUCAAAAAAUAAGGAAGGUCUAGCUCAAUUCUAUGCGAGGUCAUACUUGCCUGUACAUUCAUUUCGGCCCAAGCAUGGAGUGUUCAUGGAGUUCUGUGAAAGUUCUAGUUUUAAAAAAAAAUACAAUUUACUGUCCGCCAAACUGGUGGUGCCUAUGUCUAACUUUAUCAGCAAAUGUGAAGCUCUGUGGAUGUCUAUUCUAUCAAAAUUAAAAGAUAGUCAAAAUGUUGAAAGCAAAGGCUAUUAUAACACAUUUUCUUGCGGAAGAAGUUCUUAUUGCGGUUUAGUUAGAAGAAUCAUAUCAAGUGAAGAAUUGGGUUGUAUUUUAAUGGGCACACUCAAGUUUUCUUCAUCCUCGGGAAGGCUGCAACUCAUUGACGCAACUGGAAAGUUGGAUGUUGUGAUACCUGAUUUACCAUCAGACAUUGAUUUGGAGAAGAUUUAUGAGGUUAAAGACUAUAAGGUCGUCUUAGAAGGCUUGCCAACUCAGAUUUAUCCACUGAGAUUCAAUUUGGAUGAACCAUUAUCAUGCAAGAAUAUCUUUCAAAGAUUUUCUAAUGGGGAAGUGCCAACUGACCUUGUAAUUUAUGUCCACUUCUCUUUGGUUAAUGCAGCUGGUGUUAAUGUUCCUUUUAGUCCUUGCCUGAUUAGGGGUGAUGAUCCUUGUCGAAAGGGUGAAUUAUUUCAUCUGCUACUUGUGGCACAUAAGUUUCCAGCCACUAACAAUUUUCUUAAAGGUUCUGAUAUUUCAAGUGGCUGUAAGACAUAUGCUGAAGCCAUUGUAUUGCCUUAUUAUUUGGUACUUCCCGAGAUGCAUGAAUAUGAUCAACAGUCAGGAGACCUCUCGAAGAGGCUAAAGUCAGAAUGUAGGUGCCUCAAUUGCCGUAAAACACUAGAAAAGAUUCCUUGUUCUGGUUUAUGUACUUUUGCAAAUGCUAAUUAUCAAGUUCCCUUAGUAUCUGGCUAUAUAUGUAAUUGUGUGGGUAUUACUUCAGAGCAUAUGACUGAUGCAAAAGGUUUUCAGAGGAUUUUGUUGGAAUUUAAGUCAGAUUGCUUUCACAGGUAUCAGUUCCUUCGUCUUGGUGGAUACUACAUUACUAAAUGCUCCAGAGAACAACUUGAAUGUGGUUUGCAAGGCUGUCAUGAUUUCAAGUUUGGCAAAUUGCGUGUCAUGUCUCAGUCAACCCUCUGGAGUCUUUCUUUCUCUUUUGGUGAUACUCCAAAUCUUGCUGAGCCACAGCUAGAUCAUGGACCUGGAAUUUCUUCUCUUGAAGGAGACAAAACUUUAUCAGAAACACACAAGCUAUGGUUCCAGCAGGCUGGCAGUUUAACACUUGAAAAUUCGGAUGUCCAUUUGACCUUUUCUUCUGAAGCAACUAAACCAGAAAACAAAGGGAGGAGUAAAGUUAAAGAUAGCUUUAUAAAUUUGGUCAGAUUCCUUCCGAAAUAUGGUAAAAUUUUAAGUGUUUCUGCAUGCGAAAAGAUCAUGAUGGACACACCCAUAAGCCAUUCCGUAUCUUUUAAACCAGAACGAGUCAGGUUACCUCUGGGAAAUUUAGUAUCUGUAAGUGGAAACAUAGAAAAUAUUCAUGCUUAUUCCUCCAAAUCAACAUCUCAUGCGGGGUCAGAGAAUGUUCUCAAGUCUUUCCGAUUGAACGAAUGCAAUUACUGUAUUCAUUUAUAUGAGGGUCAUCACAUGGUACAUGUUCGUGGCACAUUAAGCAAAUAUGCAUAUCCUGUUGGGAUGGCACCUGGAGUAAAGGCAACAUUUCACCGGGUCCUUAUGACGUGCACAUCAAGCGGAUGGCAAGAAUUGUUGUUAACUCCAGUAUCUUUUGUUGAAAUUCAUUCCAUCUGGGAAGUUGAUUAUGAGCAAAAAAGAGGAAAACUUGUCUCAGAAUGCAGCCUAAAUAUUCCAGAUAAAGAGUCCUUUGACACUGCUUCUUUUGGUCUGGCGUUAAACAUGGUGAAAUGCCGGGAAAGUAAAUUGCUAUCUUUUAACUGCAGGGUUGUUGGUAUACAUAUUCUGGUGCUGGAAGAAAGUAUUCAGUGUUCAGUGAAGUCACAAUCAGUGAAUGAUUUGAAGAUGCCAAUGGUCAAUGUGCCAUUGGCUGGAGUUGUUAUUGAUGAUGGGUCAUCCUUGAAGUGUUGCUGGCUCAAUGCUGGUAGUGCUGAUGUUUUGCUCAGUUUAGGUGAUGCAUUUAGGACUUUCUUCUGUACCCAUGGGAAGUCACUUGUGGUAGGAAGUAAAAAUUUUCGAGGUACUGUUGAUUAUCAUUUGAAGAAAAUGUUUGCUAAACACCACAGAGUUAUAGCUCGAAGCCAAGAAGUGUAUGAUAUAUCUUCAACAGAAUUUACAUUAUCUGUUGAUUCCAAUAGAGCCCUCAGUUACUCAGAAGAACAGCUCCUCAAGUUUAUCUUAUACAAUGCCUGUGCUGGUUCAAAUUUUACUAUUGUGGGCAAUGCCAUGGAUUCAGAUGGUCUCAAGCAGUUGAGGUCCACCCUUCUGCACCUGCAGUUACCAUUAUUGGCGAUUGAAAAUAUAUGGGUUAAAGAAGUUGAGCAUUUAAAUCCUUGUAAGGAAUCUAGGAAUAUUCUUGAUGAGCUAUCUAUGGUAGCUUGAAGGGUUUUAGUUUGGCAGAGGGUGAUCACAUAAACGAUUAGCUAUAUGAAGAAUAUUACACCAUCUUGAACUCAUGCUAAAUUCAUGGAUGUUGCUAGUUGAGAUACUACUAUGCCUAUUACAGACAUUCCAAUGAAGGGUUAUUGGAGAGACUAACUACGCAAUGCUGCAUCCUGCAAAUCAAGGCUUGUAGGAGGCAGGAUGAUGAAUGCCUUAGCCACUGCAAGGACAUGAUGACUACCUUUUUGGGUAAAAGAAGCUUAUGAGGUUAGCGUUUUUUUGUUUAUAUUUUAGUGAUGCAUGACCCUGUGUUCCAGAGGUAGUGUGUUCACUGUUGAAGGCCUUAGCCAAUUUAAAAGUCAUAGAAUCCUGGGCAAUAUUUUUGGGCUGAAAAGAUGUGUACAAUACUUUUUUUGUGUAUAUGUUUGGCGAUGCAUCAACUGAUUUAAUAUUGAUGGCAUAUCUAAAGAAGCUUAUCUCAUUUUCUUUCAUUUUAAA